AUGGGAAUCAUCAGCGCCUACGCCAUACCAAGACGACUGCAACUGCGCUGGAGCGGCCAUCUCGUGCCCAUGGACGACGAGCAGUCACCCAAACGACUCUUCCAUGGAGAUAUCGCCACGGCAUCCCGCCGACAAGGGGGUCAAUUGCGUCGCUACAAGGAUACUCUGCAGACUUCCCUGAGGCGUUUGCAUAAUCGACCCGGCCAACUGGGAAGACCUCUUCAAGACCUACCAACCUGGCGGAGAACAGUGAUGACAGGCACAGAGAUCCUCGAAGCCAACUGCAUCACCGCCGCCAAAGCCAGACACCAAGCUCGUAAAUCUCAACCGCCCCCGUCUCGCAACGUCAACAGUCAACCGAUUCCUACAUUUCCACGAUGCCAGCGGACGUUUCGAGCACCAGUCGGUCACACUAGACAUCUUCCUGCCAACUGCAGCACCCGGACGACACUAUCGGAUGUCCCCCAUCUAUAUCUGCCUCGCUAUCCCCCCCCCCCAAUAGGACGGUCAACACUGACCGCACUCCUGGACCCCCACUGCCAUCCUCCUUCCUCGCCUUAACAUCCGCUGUGACGGCUCCUGCACCUACCGCCACUGCACUCAAUCAUAACACACCCACAAUGACCAACCUCACCACCGCCAAUACCAGCGAUAUGGACUCGGUCCAUGCUUGUCCUCAUUACGACUGA